AGGCCCCAAUAUAUAUAAAAGCAAAUCUUAGUCAGUCGUGAACAACCAAGAGAAUCAAGCAAGCGAGUAUGGGCUGCGAAAAUAAUGGUAAAGGAGGGCAUGAAAACAAAAAACGAAAGUUUGAUGAAAUGGAGAAUUCAACAAUUUACAAUGAGAUGCACAAAUCAGAAUCAAGUCCCUCCACACCCAAGUCUCCGCACGGUGAAGGAGGAAGCAAAAUCUCCUGUGUUACAGAUCUUGGAUCCACAGCAAAGGCAUUGAACUACGAUUCGUCAAAGAGAAAUGUGGCACUUCGGGUAAAUCUUGAGGUGAAGGAUGGAGAGUACAAUCUGAAGCUCACAAGUGUUCCCAUUGAAAACACAAAGACAGAGAAUGCACACACAUCAGCUAUGUUAAUGUCUCAAGGAGAGCUUCUUCGCAAACUUGGAGAGAAAUUACUUUCACAAUUAGGAUUGUCCUAUGAAUCUGAGAUUUAUAGAAGUUUGAACUUGCCAUUGCCAAACUAAACUAGCUCCCUGUUUUAUUUCAAUUCUCUGCGUUUCAGUUGAGUGACUUUGAGGACUUUGGUGAUUUUGUCUUUAUCACUCUCCUAACCGAUCAUCUCUUUCGUUAAAAUUCAUUUAUCAAUUAAAUACGUUCAAGUCAUGAAUGUCGCUCAAACUCGAUGUCACCAAGUAUUUUGGCUGAUUUUGAGGUUUCAAAAAUGUUUGUUAGGAAGUAUCUUGCUUCUACUGAAUCACAUGAGAUGAUUCUUCACUAUCUAUAUGUAGACAUGAUUGGAGUAAUAAAUAAAAGUUGCCUUUAAUUUUUUAGUUGCAAA